GACUUAUAAUCUCUCUUCAGCUUCUCCGUGGAGAAAUGGAACAAAUUCGAAGAGAAUAUCCUAUUAUCUUUAACAGAGGGGUUGCUAUUACAAGAAAAAUAGGGUUCCCAGAUGUGAUCAUGCCUGGUGAUAUACGAAAUGAUUUGUACUUGACUUUAGAGAAAGGAGACUUUGAGAGAGGUGGAAAAAGUGUUCAAAAGAAUAUAGAAGUAACUAUGUACGUUCUGUAUGCAGAUGGAGAGAUUCUAAAGGACUGCAUUAGCUUAGGCUCAGGAGAGCCAAAUAGGAGUGUGUAUCACUCCUUUGUUCUCUAUCAUAAUAAUAGCCCUCGUUGGGGAGAAGUCAUCAAACUCCCAAUUCCCAUUGACAGAUUCCGUGGGUCUCACCUCCGUUUUGAAUUCAGACAUUGUUCCACAAAAGAUAAAGGAGAAAAGAAGCUCUUUGGCUUUGCUUUUACACCAUUAAUGAGAGAUGAUGGCACUACCCUAUCUGAUGAUAUUCAUGAACUUUAUGUUUAUAAGUGUGAUGAAAACAGCACAUUCAAUAACCAUGCACUAUACCUGGGUCUUCCAUGUUGCAAAGAAGACUAUAAUGGCUGUCCCAACAUCCCUUCAAGCUUGAUUUUCCAGCGUAGCACCAAAGAGUUUUUUUCAAUCUCUACUCAGCUAUCUUCUACCAAACUUACCCAAAAUGUGGACCUGCUUGCACUCUUGAAAUGGAAAGUGUAUCCAGAUCGUGUAAUGGAUAUUUUAGGAAGAUUGCGGCAAGUCAGCGGUGAAGAAAUUGUUAAGUUCUUGCAGGAUAUUCUAGAUACAUUGUUUGUGAUUUUGGAUGACAACACAGAAAAAUAUGGACUUCUGGUCUUUCAAUCUUUGGUGUUCAUCAUAAAUCUCCUGCGUGAUAGCAAAUAUUUUCAUUUUCGUCCUGUAAUGGACACUUAUAUUCAGAAGCACUUUGCAGGAGCACUGGCUUAUAAAGAACUCAUCCGCUGUUUGAAAUGGUAUAUGGACCGAUCAGCUGAACUUGUACGACAGGAUCAUAUUCAGGAAGCAAUGCGGGCAUUGGAAUAUCUUUUCAAGUUUAUUGUUCAGUCUCGGAUCCUUUACUCCAGAGCUACUUGUGGAAUGGAGGAGGAACAAUUCAGAAUCAACAUCCAAGAACUUUUCCAGUCCAUCAGAUUUGUACUCAGCCUGGAUAGCAGGAGCUCUGAGACUCUCAUCUUUACACAGGCUGCUCUGUUGAAUUCUUUCCCUGCAAUUUUUGAUGAACUAUUGCAGAUGUUCACAGUACAAGAAGUAGCAGAGUUUGUGCGAGGAACGCUUGGGAGCAUGCCCAGUACAGUGCAUAUUGGACAAUCUAUGGAUGUGGUUAAAUUGCAAUCUAUAGCUCGUACAGUAGACAGUCGCUUAUUUUCUUUCUCAGAAUCCCGGCGAAUCUUAUUACCUGUGGUCCUUCAUCAUAUUCAUCUUCAUCUGAGACAACAAAAAGAGUUGCUUAUCUGCUCUGGAAUUCUUAGCAGUAUCUUCUCUAUCAUCAAAACUAGCUCCGUGGAGACAGAUGUAAUUGAGGAGGUAGAAAUGAUGGUGGAGAGCCUCCUGGAUGUACUAUUACAGACUCUGCUUACUAUUAUGAGUAAAUCACAAUCUCAGGAGGCGGUAAGAGGGCAGCGUUGUCCACAAUGCACAGCUGAAAUCACUGGGGAAUACGUGUCCUGUCUUUUGUCUCUACUCCGUCAAAUGUCAGAUACUCAUUUUCAACAUUUACUUGACAAUUUCCAGAGUAAAGAUGAACUAAAGGAAUUUCUUCUAAAGAUUUUCUGUGUGUUUCGAAAUCUGAUGAAGAUGAGUGUCUUUCCUCGAGAUUGGAUGGUGAUGAGACUACUCACCAGCAAUGUAAUAGUUACAACAGUUCAGUAUCUGUCUGCAGCACUACAUAAGAAUUUCACGGAAACAGAUUUUGAUUUUAAGGCCUGGAACUCUUAUUUCAGCUUGUCAGUUUUGUUUAUUAACCAACCCUGCCUGCAGCUAGAAACUUUUACUCCAUCUAAGCAGAAAAAGAUUCUGGACAAAUAUGGUGAUAUGCGUGUGAUGAUGGCAUAUGAGCUUUUUAGCAUGUGGCAGAAUCUAGGGGAACAUAAAAUUCACUUUAUUCCUGGAAUGAUCGGUCCUUUUCUGGGUGUCACACUUGUCCCACAGCUGGAGGUCCGCAACAUUAUGAUCCCCAUUUUUCAUGACAUGAUGGAUUGGGAACAGCGAAAAAAUGGCAACUUCAAACAGGUGGAGGCAGAAUUGAUUGAUAAGCUGGACAGCUUGGUAUCAGAAGGAAAAGGAGAUGAAAAUUACAGAGAACUCUUCAGUCUGCUAACCCAGCUGUUUGGGCCUUAUCCAAGCCUGCUAGAAAAGAUAGAACAAGAAACUUGGAGGGAGACGGGUGUUUCUUUUGUUACAUCAGUUACUCGUCUGAUGGAGCGCCUCCUUGACUACAGAGACUGUAUGAAAGGCGAUGAAACAGAGAACAAGAAAAUUGGUUGCACUGUUAACUUGAUGAAUUUUUAUAAAUCUGAAAUUAAUAAGGAGGAAAUGUAUAUCCGCUAUAUACACAAGUUAUGUGACAUGCAUCUGCAGGCUGAAAAUUACACAGAGGCUGCUUUUACAUUGCUUUUGUAUUGCGAGCUACUGCAAUGGGAGGAUAGGCCUCUUCGGGAAUUCCUCCACUAUCCAUCUCAGACAGAGUGGCAACGUAAAGAAAAUCUUUGUCGGAAAAUUAUCCACUAUUUUAAUAAAGGCAAGAGCUGGGAAUUUGGAAUCCCAUUGUGCAGAGAGCUGGCUACUCAAUAUGAAACAUUAUAUGAUUAUCAAAGUCUCAGCUGGAUUCGGAAAAUGGAAGCUAACUAUUAUGAUAAUAUAAUGGAACAGCAAAGGUUGGAACCUGAAUUUUUCAGAGUUGGCUUUUAUGGAAGAAAAUUUCCUUUCUUUCUUCGU